GCCAGAUCCAAAAUCUUCAAAGACUUAUAUACCUCCAUGCCCGGUUCUUUCGCAUUCAAUCAUUCACGCAAUCCCUCAACGACGAUUCUACUAUUUCAGCUGCGUGGGAUACCAUUCUAUAAUGUCUGGAAGCAAGUCGCUGGGAACGUUGAGGUGGCUCACGCGUAGCUACAAUGGGUUCGCCAGCAGCUUCGUAGCGCCAACUCAGUGCGUCCCCAAAAAUACAUCACGGUCUAUGACUACAGAAACGGAGAUUCCAAGCGUUUCUCCCUUGACUGCGUUCGCAGAUGCGCAUGUUGCCGGCCAACCUCCGAAUCCCGAUGACAUUCCAAAACCUGUAUGGAAUCCCGCGCCUGCGGUUGCGACCCUUUACGACUUUCCGACUAUGGAACCCCUUAAAUUUCUUGAAUACAGCCAUAAGCACCUUCUUCUACCAUUGCGGCGGGACAUAUUACAUCGAGCGGUUGUGUACGAGGGCGACAAGACUCGACAGGGGACGGCCAGUACAAAGUGGAGAGACGACAUCCGCGGUAGUGGACGGAAAAUCCGACCACAGAAGGGCACCGGAAGAGCGCGACUGGGAGAUAAAAAGUCACCAAUGUUGAGAGGUGGUGGGGUUGCCCAUGGUCCCCAUCCUCGGGACUUCUCAACGGGCUUGCCCAAGAAAGUCUACGACCUGGCAUGGCGGACAGCUCUGAGUUACCGGUAUCGACGAGGGCAGCUUAUUAUCGUUAAUGAUAAUAUCACUUUUCCACGAGAAGUCAGCCCAUACUGGCUCACCGAUGUUUUCGAGAAAAACCAAUGGGGCAAGGGGUUUGGACGGUCGUUGAUGAUUACAGAAGUGAAGAAGGAAAGACUGUUUAGGGCUGUGGCACAAAUUGGGCAGCAUGCGCGAGUAUUGGACCGAGAAGACGUGGAUGUGAAAGACCUCCUUGAAACGGGGCGGUUAAUCGUUGAGAAAACGGCACUGGAUAGAAUGUUAUUCCGUCAUUCUAGUGACCUGAGGUCUAAGCCUGCACGGGCAUGAUGAUAUACUGGAGAUUAAACAUAUCUGAUUGUAAGAUAGUUCGGCGACUGGGUGUCUUUUCUACUAUUUGAUUGUGGCUUUGCGUUACUUUUUAAAUUUAGUCGUAAGAAAUGGUCGGGAUACUUAGCCUUAGAUUCGCUCCCCAGAGAGUACGCUUUAAAGCCUUCUUCCACCUCCAAAUGUGUAUUUUAAGUGAAUUCGUAAUGAUACCUUUGACAUCAUCCACUUAUUUAGCUGAAUGAAUCCAGCAACAUUAUAUAGAUGCUGUUGUAAUCGCUGGCCGAGAAAGACCCCCGUCGCCGAUGUCAACCGAAGCGGAGAAUGGUG